AUGUCUCAACGUUUGCUGCAGAUUACUGUGACGGUCAUCUAUCAAACUGGAGUGGCAUAUUUCUGUUGUAAAGUAAUCGGUGCGAACAGAAUUGUUACAAAAAUGGCAUCGAAAAAUUGUUGUGUUAUGUUUAUGAUUUUUACUGUAGCGAUAGUCCAGGCAGUUAGUUACGACACUGAACUAUUUGAAACAGCGCCUUGCGACAGUAAUGCUUGCUUCGACGCUCUUCAUGGUGCACUGGGAGAUUGUUCGUGCAAUGUUGACACUAUCGACUAUUUUAAUAAUGUAAAAAUUUUUCCCCGCAUUCAGAGUUUAGUGAGUAAAGACUAUUUUAGAUUUUACAAGGUAAAUUUAAAAAAGGAAUGUCCAUUUUGGGCGGACGACAGUAGGUGUGCAAUGAAAUAUUGUCAUAUUAAAACUUGCUCGAAGGACAGUGUUCCAGGAUAUGUCGAUGAGCACGAAAAUGAACGACCAGCUGAAAAAUAUACCAUGAUAGACCAGACAGCUUGUAGUACUGAUGAGGAUCAUAAUCCUGAUUUGGGCUAUUUAAAUAUGACUAUAAGUGCAGCAAGCCAGUAUGAAAUAGCAAAAUGGAAUGCUCAUGAUAGUGCAUUAGAGAAUUUCUGUGAAUGUGAUGAUAGAGAUGCGGAUGCUGAGUAUGUUGAUUUGUCUCUAAACCCAGAGAGGUACACAGGUUACAAAGGACCCUCUGCUCACAGGAUUUGGAGAAGUAUUUACCAGGAAAAUUGCUUCAGACCUAAAUUAAACCCUUAUGAAUCCUUUCCAUAUGUACUCAGUUCCGAUUUGAGUAAUAUGUGUCUAGAGAAAAGAGUAUUUUAUAGAGCCAUAUCUGGACUCCAUAGCAGUAUUAAUAUUCAUUUGUGUUCAAAUUACUUGCUAUCAGAAAAAGGUGUUGAUUUUGCUGCACCUCCUGAAGGAGAGUGGGGUCCCAAUUUGGAGGAGUUUCAACGACGCUUUGAUCCUUCUCAGACACAUAAUGAGGGUCCCAACUGGUUGAAAAAUUUAUAUUUUGUUUAUUUACUGGAAAUGAGAGCACUUUCCAAAGCUGGUCCGUACUUGGAAACUGAAGAAUAUUUCACUGGAAAUCCCACGGAGGAUGAGGAGACAAGAGCAGCAAUAAGUAACAUGCUGAGUGUUAUAUACUCAUUCCCUGAUCAUUUUAAUGAAUCUGCAAUGUUCAAUGGAGGUAGUCAAGCUGCAAAGUUGAAGAAUGAGUUUCGAGAACACUUUUGGAAUAUAUCGAGAAUAAUGGAUUGCGUUGGCUGUGACAAAUGUAAACUUUGGGGCAAGCUGCAAACUCAAGGCUUGGGUACCGCAUUAAAAAUUCUAUUUUCCUCACAAUGGGACAGUCUUGAAGCAGAUCCGGAGCAAGGUACACUGCCAGUCCGGCACAAGGCAAAUAAGCGAUUGCAGAGAACUGAAAUUGUAGCACUCUUUAAUGCAUUUGCAAGACUCUCAAAUAGUAUUAGACAAUUGGAGAACUUCAGAAUUAUGCUCAGCGCAAACAAAGAGCCUGAAGUGAAACGGAACGUUUUCGAAGGCGGUGGUGCCAACAUAAGAAGUACGAAGGAGCAGUGCUCGUCGGGCGGAGACAAGCCGAGGAUUUGGAGCUAAUGAUUAAGUUAAAUUUAAUCAUAGAUAAUUUAUUUAUUUACACAUUUUUUAUUAUAUCUCCC